CCAAGCCCGUACCAAAGCCUCUUUGCCCACGGACAGUAUGGAGGUAUAAGCCUCCAGGUAGACCCGGGAGCAGCUCCUGAUCACCUCCAGGCCCCGCACCGUCACAUCCUUGGCGUCCCCCAGCCCCAGGCCGAUCAGAAGGAAGAACAUGGAUAUCCCCAUAGAUUUCCCCACCGUGCCUCUAUCCAGCGGCCACAACAUCCCUAUUCUGGGUCUGGGGAUGUCUCAUCAUGGAGGAUAUUCCCACAAUGCACUGCUGCACGCUCUGAGAUCUUGUAAUAUUCGGCAUAUUGAUACAGCUAAACGAUACGGAAAUGAAGAAUUGAUUGGUAAAGCCAUAUCUGAAAGUGGUGUGAAGAGAGAAGAUCUGUGGAUCACCACUAAGCUGUGGCCUGGGGACUACGGAUACGAAAACGCAACACAGGCAUGUCUAGAUUCCUGCAAGAGACUCGGAGUAGACUAUCUAGAUCUGUACCUGAUGCAUUGGCCUGAUGUUCAGAUUCCUGGCAAGAGUUCUCGGGAGGGGAGAGCAGAGACAUGGAAGGCUCUGGAGGAUUUGUAUUACAGAGGGGUCUGUCGUUCUAUUGGAGUCAGCAACUUUCUAAUCCAUCACUUGGAGCAGCUGAAGGAAAACUGUGAUGUGGUUCCGCACCUCAACCAGGUGGAGUAUCACCCCUUUCAGAGGCCACAAGAGCUGGUGGAUUAUUGUAAUAGGAAUAACAUUGUAUUUGGAGGAUACUGUCCUCUGGCGAAGGGACAGGUACUGACACAUCCGGUUAUUCUGAGGCUUGCAAAGCAGUAUGGGAAGACGCCGGCUCAAAUUUGUAUACGUUGGAGCAUCCAGAACGGAAUUGUUACCAUCCCAAAGUCAACAAAAGAGAGCAGAAUCCAGGAGAAUUGCCAGGUGUUGGAUUUCAUACUAGGAGAUGAUGACGUGUUCUCCAUAAAUUCCCUGCAUGAUGGUCGGCACGUGACCUGGGACCCCUCUAAUGUAUUGUAGCUGUCACAGGUUUGGGUAUUUGACUUUCAUCUGCAGCAGGCGGACAUGGCGCGGAUCUCUGCGCUACAUAGUAACAAGAAGCUGAUCCAUCUUACAUACCCACUCUGGAGAGGAUGAAUGGAGGAUCCAUAUCCAAUGUCCAGGACACCGGGCGUACACAACUGUUACAAAAGCCAUAUGAUCCGUCACAGGCCAGCAGUGCUAUGCUUUAUUAUCUUAAUAAUGUAAUACACUACUUUCAGUAUGGUCUCCGUGCCUUAAAAUAUGAUUAUUACUUCUAUGAAAUGUUAUUUGUAUUAUUAUAACAUUAACUUUGACUUGAUUGUUAUUUAUUGACACUUAUUUCUAAGAUAUUACUAUUUUACAUAAGGCAGCCAUAUAAAUAAAUAAAUAAGAAAGUCAUUUUUUAAAGGGGAACUCCGCUCAGCGUUUUGAGCAAACUGUUCUGAACGCUGAAGCUCUCGCCGCGAGCUUGUGACGUCAUAGCCCCACCCUCUCAUGACGUCCCGCCCCCCCCCCUCAAUGCAAGUCUAUGGGAGGGGGCGUGACGGCUAAGACCCUAAGAGAUAACCUUCAGAUGUAAGAGACGACUGUGAGCGGAAUGUUUUUUGUGGUGUUUGUCGGUAGAGAAUAAUCUGUGUUUAAGUUGUUUUUCUUGCUAUAUUAUGACUGGAGCGCAAUGGCCUAAUGUGCUAAGUAUAGACUGUCUGAAAUGUGUCUGAAAUAGUCAUUUGCAUAUUUGUUACAUGUUGAGAAUAUAUAUUGCAGAAACAUCGCCUGUUAGAUGUGUUUUUUUGUCCAGUGUGGAGGAACCCUGGCUAAAAGAUUAGAAAAUCCUCCUCCUAUUUCCUAAUAAACCUAAUAAUAUUAAUUAAAACACUUCAGAUGUUUCUAGAUUCCCUCAGACCUUCAACAAGCAAUGAUUUUUUUUGUGGUAUAUUAUACCUGUUCCUGAUUUUUUUUAGAGGGGUUCUUCGGUGCUCCAGCGUUCUGAACAUUUUGUUCAGAACGCUCUGAGCCGGAGGCCGUGAUUGUGACGUCACUGCUCCACCCCUCAUGACGUCACGCCCCCUCCAUUCAUGUCUAUGGGAGGGGGUGUGGUGUAACGUCACGAUAACUUCUGCAUGACCUCUGUGUUUGUUUAGAAUGCCACGUGCUGCGGGACCCCCGCGAUCAGACAACUUAUUCCCUAUCCUUUGGAUUGGGGAUAAGAUGUCUAGCAGCAGAGUACCCCUUUAAGGCCUCUUUCACAUCUACGCGCUGCGGAAUCUGUAUGCGCUAUAUAAAUAAAAUUAUUAUUAUUUAUUAUUCUCUACUUAUUUUUUCCCUGCAUACAUUUUCCAAUGACAUUCUCUACGUUCAUUAGUCGGUACACACAUUUUUUCUGGUUCUGGUUUUACAAGUCCUAUAAAUAAACGUUAUUUUCCUUUAGAGCCUAUAAGAAAAAUACCAGAAAAAAAUGCCACUAAGCCCCCCCCCCCCCCCCCCCCAAACAUGCAACCAAUGCAUUGUUUGUUUAAUAAUUCACUAUGGAGUUUCAUGUAACAUUUGGACUAAAAAAACUUAGGAAUAAUGUUGCAUUUCCCCCCGAAAUGUUCACACAUUGUAAAAUGAAAACCAACCAUCAAAAAACAAGAAUAAUGAAAUGAUUAUGAAAAUUAUGAAUAAUAAUAACAUUUAAAUUAUGAAAGUAAAUAAAUAAAUAUAUAAAAAAAUAAAUAAAUAAAAAAGGAAGAACACAACUAAUGAUGAGUGCUCACGAGUUGGUCCCGGGCAGUGUAAAUGUUACAUUAAGGGGGUAUUCCAGGAAUAAAAAAAAAACAGGCCUUUUUUCUUUCAAAGACCUCGCCCUGUUUGUCUCCACUUUGGAUGUGGUUCUACAACUUGGGUCCAUUCACCUCAAUGGAACUGAGCUGCAGAACCACACCCAAACUGGAGACAAACAGGGAGCGGUCUUUGAAAGAGGUCUUUGUUAUUUGAUUCCUGGAAUACCCCUUUAAUAACCAACAAUAUAUGAAAGCACAUGGUGUAAAAAGGCUGCGUAUACAAACACCAUGCAAGUAAUGAAAUUAUAUAAAGUGCCAUAGCAUUAUACUACAAUACUCAAGCUAGAACAGUCCAAAGGUGCAAAGUGCAAACAAAAUAAGCCAUGAAGUGCAGUGCAUACCACUAAGGUCACAAUUUGCAAUGGAGCCUUGAGAGCACCAACCCCUACAUAUGUUUCACUGAAUAUGACCUUCUUUCGGAAAAAGAACUUAUUCACCGAAACAUGUAUAUAUUUAAAGAGAACCUGUCAUCUAACCAUAUUUUCGAAACUAAACUCAGAUUAUAUUCCCUAACUGCUCCUAACACCCCUCCUACCCUCAAAAUUCUUUUCCCAGCUUUAAAAAGCUGUCUAUCAUACCUUUCCCCUUGCUCACAUUGUGUGAGCACCCGGCAGGAGAAAGUGGGCGUUCCCCAGCAGGUGCAAUGUUACUGAAGCCUGUGAGAGCUGUGCCUCGCCACGCCCCGCACGCACUUCCUGAGUUUGGACACCUGCCAGGCCAGGAGGAGACCAAACUAACUGUUUGACUUGUGGCAGGGAACAGAACAGAGCCACCUAGUGGCCAUGCUUUCAAUCACAUUAAAAACAUCUAAAGGUUGAGAAUUUUAACAGCAAGUAAAUAGCAAAGAGUCUUAUAAUUACAUAAGAACAAUAUAUUAAAAGUUUAGUCUGGUGACAGGUACUCUUUAACAUCUUUUCUGUGAUUCCCUGUCUCCUAUUCAGGACAAGGGGGGGGCAGGGUUUUCAAAGGUUUGGCUGCAUUUACACCAUGUCUGGGGCAUACGGCAGCCAGAUAUGGCAGGGGAAUUUCAAAACAGCCUCCUGCCACGUCCCUGCUGAAGUCGUGCCGUACCCCAUUCAUUUCAACGAGAGUCAGCUAGUGACUCCGGUCGGCUCACUUUCCCAAUGUGUUCAGUUUUUUAACCAGACUAAAUAAUGCUGCAGACCAUGGUUCAAAAACCGCAUAUGGUGAGAAAAUGAGCUGACCGGAAUCACUAGCCGACACUGCUCAACUCAUUGAACUGAAUGGGGUACGGCGUAGACGCGGCAGGAGGCAAUUUUGAAAUUCCUUCUCCUGGAUCUGGAUGCCGUAUGCUCCAAACUUGGUGUGAAUGUAGCCUAAUAUGCAUUUGAUGUAGAAGAAAAAGUGCAGUUAUAAACCAUGUGAGCCUAGCCUAAACAGCACUACUGUUGUCUAUGGGCUGUGUCUGGUAUUGGAGAUCAGUUCCUUAAAGGGGUACCCCGCUGCCCCAGGAUUCGGAACAUUUUACGGCACCCUGCGCCACGCCCCCUCCCUUAGACUUGCAUUGAGGGGGUGUGGUGUGACAUCACAAGGGACAUUGCCAUGACGUCACAACCCCCGCCACCAGCACCCAGCAUUCUAAAUGAACGCCUGGUGCUGCACAGAGAUUGCGGGGUCCCAGCUGCGGGACCCCGACGAUUAGACAUCUUAUCCCCUAUCCUUUGCAUAGGGGGUGGAGUAUCCCUUAAAUAUGAAUAGGGUUAGGCUACGAUACCAGUCACAGAAAUAGCUGAGCAAGCAAUGUGGCCUUUGUUCUCUUGGAUUCUUUGAAUACUGCAGUAAUAGUGAAGAGUGAGACCCAGAGGUUGGAUCCAUUUAUUGUUCUCUUUUAUGAAUACAUUUCUGAGUGUAUAACAUGAUAUUAUAGUUUAUGUAUUUGCUGCUAAUACUACUGUCUAAAUAAACUUUCUGAAAUAAACAUUUCCACCUGUUGUCGUGUAUAGUUGUUCUGUUACUGAGAUCAGGCGGUGUGGACAAGUAUGUCCGGUGUGGGGAGUAACAAAAGAAAAGUACAACACAAAUACGGACUAUACUUGAAUCCAAAGCCCUGUUAAAUCUUCUAUAUUAGUCUGGUUCUUAAAAUGGACCUGUGGUUUUAGUAAAUACUUGUACUCAUAACAAUUCUGGAGCACCUUUUUUAGAAUCCCAUGAUUGUUUCCAAUUGGUUUGACUUUGGGCAACUCCUGGCUCCUCCAUGGUCAACUCCAAUAAUUAUAUUCCUCCCGUUCUCUUAAAGAACCCCUUCACAGGCCUCUCACACCCUUGAGUCGUUGGGUACCAAUAUAUGCCCCCUUUUCCACACACACAUGUUGUCUCCUUGGU